CAGCGCUUGCGCACUGGCUUCUGAUUGGACAGCUAACCGUGAUAGAGAACAGCUGAUCAGUCUAACUAACUAGGAAAGGGAGAAAAACACUAAAUUUGUGUUUACUCAUCAUCGUGUAGGGACGGAAAGCUACUCAAAGUCGCCGAAAGGCCACCAGAGGUCGCUGUUGGUCCAAAACUGGGUCUGUUCUAGACCACACCUGUUCGGUUUAUUACUCAGAAACUGAAUCGUUGAUGAAAUCGUUGAAGGCCACCAUGAUGAAUUCCAGCUCAAACAUCCGUUCUGGUAAUUCUUUAAACAAAGAAAAUAUCCCACCUUCCACCAAAGCUGAGGCCUUUCAACCCCAAAGGACCAAACAGCGGACAGCGCUCGGUGUUUUGUCAGAGAAUGAGCAGUAUGGUCUAUCCUUCAGCCAGGGAAGCCAGUUUUCCAGACACAGUUCGGUUUCAGACAGCUCCCAGCUCAGCGUUUUUGGCUGGCCGUCCAGCUCCAGCUGUGACGUGUACGUGGAAGAGGCUUGUGAAGUUGUUCUUGCAGCUUCUGGACAGGAGGUGGUGUCAGAUGAGCUUGGUGCUGAGGCCAACCCCCUGCAGAGUCUCCUGAUGGAAAUUAGUUCAAGUUCAUGCCAGGAGGACUUGAUGCACGAAGCAGAUGAUUCUUUGGUGUCUAGAGAGAAGCUUUUUUCUGAUUAUGCGCAUGAUAUUCACCGUAACCUAAGAGAGAGUGAGAAAAUGUUAAGAGCAAAGCCAAACUACUUAGAGAGACAUCCAGAGAUCUCCAGCGGCAUGAGGGUCAUCCUGGUAGACUGGCUCGCUGAAGUUGUCCAGGAAUACAAACUCUGUUCCGAAACUCUGCACCUCGCCAUCAACUACUUGGACCGUUUCCUGUCCCACACGGCGUUCAUCAAGCGGAGCAAGCUGCAGUUGGUCGGCACGGCAGCUCUACUGAUUGCUGCGAAGUAUGAAGAGAUCUUCCCUCCUGAGCUGAAUGAAUUUGUGUACAUCACAGACAGCAUCUACAGUAGGAAAAAUCUGACUUGGAUGGAGAAUGCAUUUCUCAGGGUGCUGGCCUUCAGGAUGGCAGCACCAACAACCAACCAGUUCCUUUGCAUGUUCAUGUCCAUCCAACCCGUCUGUUCAAAGACAGAGAACCUCGCCCUGUACAUAGCUGAGUUAAGCCUGCUGGAAACUGAUCCGUUCCUGCAGUUUCUCCCUUCUUUAUUGGCGGCUGGAACUUACUGCUUAGCCGCUUACACCAUAAACAAAUCUCUCUGGCCUGAUUCUUUAGUUUCCUUUACUGGCUACACCUUGACUGAAAUUCGGCCCUGCCUGACUAAUCUUCACAAACUUUACGUCAGUGCUGAGAGCCGUCCACAACAGGCCAUCAGAGGAAGGUAUUCCAGCGUUGCAGGGAUUACUCCACCGUCUGGUUUGCAUCUUGUGUGAAUCCCUGGUCCACCUUUCUGAGCCUCCUAUCAGACCAUAGUUACGGCACACUCAUAGCAAGACAACCCAGCACAUCCUGCCGUCAGCAUCUCACUAGGAGUCACUCUUACGCUGGAUUUUGUUUCCUUUAUCAUUUAAAAAAAUACAUUUAAAUUAGUAUUGUAGUCAUUACAGUUGAGACACAGUUUAAGAUUUAAACAUCCCAUAAGGAUAUUUUCAAAGAUUUGCUUUGUCUUUUUUGAUCAGUUUUUUUUCCCCAAUCCCAGGAAAGUUCAGCUACUAGGUCCUUCCUGGAGGAAAAAACAAACAAUAAAAAGGUCUUCUACUUUA